AUGAUCCUGUUUGCAGUUGUUGCAGUGGUUCUGAGCAUUUUUGUGCCCGGUGCUCACUGUGAAUCAAACUCCAUUGCCUGGUGUUACCAUGACCCAACCUGCAAUGAGUCUCGCUGGACAUCCAUCGCUCCUCUUUAUUGCAACGGCAGCCGCCAGUCUCCCAUCAACAUUGUGUCAGCCUCUGCCACAGCCAACGCCAGCCUGAUUGACUUCACCUUCCAGGGCUACAGCAACACCAGUGCCAUGAAUGCAAUGUUGAACACUGGGGACACAGUCAAAGUGACUUUGAACCAUGGUGUUAGGAUUUCUGGAGGGGGUCUGUCAGAGGCUUAUGACAGCUUGCAGUUCCACCUGCACUGGGGAAAUGGAUCCUCUGUCCCUGGUUCUGAACAUACUGUGGAUGGGAAGCGUUACCCCAUGGAGCUGCAUAUUGUGAACAGCAAAUCAUCCUAUAACCAGAACACAACUCUUGCUGUGAAAGAUUCUGAAGGACUGUCUGCACUUGGUUUCCUGAUAGAGGAGCUGAAUGAUACCAGUGGCCAGCCUGCUAGCUGGAAGAUCUUGACCAACUAUUUGUCCAACAUCUCACAUGCUGGACAAUCUGUAUCACUGGCAGCAGCUGGUAUUUCACUGGAUGAUCUCCUGGUUGGUGUGAAUCGCUCCAAUUACUACCGCUACCUCGGUUCUUUGACCACCCCAACCUGUAAUGAGGCUGUAGUUUGGACUGUGUUCAAGGAUACCAUUAAAGUCAGCAAAGAUUUGAUAAACCUCUUCAGCUCAUCACUGCAUGUCAAUGACAGCACAUCACCUCUGAUGGUUAACGUGUUCAGAAGUAUCCAAUCAGCACAGCCAGUCUCAACGCAGCCUAAAGCCAGCACCAGCUCUUCCACUAACACGAGUUUCUCUCUGGGUCUGAUGGUUCUCAGUCUCAUUCUGAGGUGGAUUUGAUGGCACGCAACAUAG